GUGAUAGUGAUAGUGAUGUCAGCUGGGAGCAGGGGAGAGGUUGUUCAGAGUGGUGAGGAGCUGCAGGGUGAAGAUCAUGUCUGCAUAGACUCUCCAAAAGCCACAGAGGAGCGGCAGGGGGAGGCUGAGGACGAAGAGCAGGGCCACCUGCCAGCCAUUCCGGGAAAGACAGUGACACUGGAGCCUGAGGGCAAAGAUAAACAGCACAAGAGGACGGAGGUGGAGAAAUCUCUCGGGAGAAGGCAGGAUGCCCGGGGGACGAACAGAGAACAGGUGAUCCAGGCAGAUGGCGCUGCAGCAGACUCUAUCUGCUUGGUCGAGCGCUCGCAGAGUGUGUGUGUGAGUAGGAGGGCUCAAGUCAAGCAUCAGAGACGAGCUGUACUGGUGCACAAUCUAAAGAGGAACAGAGACAAGAGCCCAGAAGAGCCUCAGAGACCUGGACCUUUCUUCUAUUUUGGAGGAGGAAACGGGGCCUCCAUAGUUGUUACAUACUGUGAGAGCAAAGGCUGGCAGCGUAUUUUUGACAAAACCCGACUGGACUACACACUGAAAUGGUGUGAACUGAAAUCUUCAAGCACCUACUACCACUUCAGAGCAGGUGAGCAAUUGGUAUACCAGAUCCCAAACAACAGAGUCUUGACCACUAAAAUAGGUCUUCUGAACAGUCUCAGAGAGUAUGACAGGGUCAGUAGCAAGAUCAACCAUGGAAAAGGACACAGGAGACUGAAGAUGGACGAGUUUAUUCCAGACACAUUUCGCAUGGAUAUAAAAGAUGAGAAGGAAGCUUUCUUUUCCCAGCAAGAGGGAUUAUGUGCUGAUAGAAGCAACAUAUGGAUCUGCAAGCCAACCGGAUUGAACCAGGGUCGAGGCAUUUUCCUUCUGCAAACACCGGAGGAUAUUGCAGCCUUCAGAGCCAGGAUGCAGACGGUAGCAGGCAGCCAUACAAACAAGAAGAUUCCUUUCAGUAUGUCACAAGCACUGAUUGCUCAACGGUACAUCCAAAAUCCUUUGCUCCUAAAGGGCAAAAAAUUUGAUGUAAGAUCCUACUUUCUUAUCGCUUGCACCUCACCGUACAUGGUGUUCUUUCGUCAUGGUUACGUUCGGCUGACCUGUGACCUUUACGACCCCAAGUCCAACAACCUCACUGCACACCUGACCAACCAAUAUAUGCAGAAGAAGAAUCCUCUGUAUAGCAUGCUGAAGGAAGAGACAGUCUGGUCCAUGGAGCGCUUCAACAGCUACAUUAAUGAGAAGUUCAUGGUGCCAAAGGGUUUGCCGAGAGACUGGGUUUUGAGUGUUUUUACAAGGAGAAUGCAGCAGAUAAUGACUCACUGCUUUCUGGCUGUCAAAUCAAAGCUGGAGUGUAAACUGGGCUACUUCGAUCUGAUUGGCUGUGACUUUUUGAUUGAUGAGGACUUCAAGGUCUGGUUGCUAGAGAUGAACUGUAAUCCUGCUCUUCACACUAAUUGUGAAGUGCUGAAAGAGGUGGUGCCCAGUACAGUCACUGAAACUCUGGACCUGGCUAUGGAGAUUUACAAUAAAUGCCGCUGUGGUCUGAAGCUGUUACCCCUGAGCAGCCAGAAAGAUUUUGUGCUACUGCACAGUGGUGAAACUGCAGUCGUGCCGCUCACCAAACAGAGGAGCAGAACAGCAGGAGCUCUCAGGACAGCAUGCUCCAGAAGUCGAUCCAGCUCUAAGAAGCUGUAAACAUUUCAGACUGUAGCUGAAAGUCCAAAGCAUGCCCAGCUCCCUCUUCGACUAUUUCAUCCAACUCCCCAGGUGCUUUCAUUCACACCGGCCCACCUGUACUGCAGCCAAGGCAAAAUUUAGCUAAUGAACAAGCUACCUCAUUCACUUCAGCCAACCAUCUUGUGCCUUUUUUCAGGAUCCUCAUUCCUUCUGUCCUCCUCAGACACUGCUGAUGGUGAGGCCUCACAAACAGCCCAAAUGACUCAGGGUACAAAACCUGCAGAAUUUAACCAAAGUCAGCUGCAAUCUAACAAAGUCAUUCCCACACACAUAGAGUGCAGCAACCUGAAGUGACUUCUGACCUCAGCAAACCAGAACAUGUGAUGGCAAAGACUGCCAUUACAUCUCGUCUAGUCCUAUGCUGAAUGCUCCAACAUCACGGGCAAGCUCAUGACUGAAGCUGGCCAAGCAGAGCAAAUGGAUGUUCAGAAAGAGUGAAGGAGUCAGGGUGGAGAUGCAUGAUAACAUAUGAUGUGUAUAAAUGCAUGUACACUUUACUUAAGGGUACUGUUCAUUCCUGCAUAAAGCCUUCCUGACAACUGACAUAAGCCUAAAUAAAUUCGACUUUGAAAUACCAUAAGUGCACUGAGCUACAAAGUUAAUCAUCAUGAUUCUUUCAUUUUUUUUAUGUUCUCUCACUUCUGCAUGACUGCUGAUGCCUACGGGAAUAAGCCUUUUUAAAUAUGUAUUCCUGUAGUUUAUGUCAUUGUCAGGAAGGCUUGUCAUGUAGGCUUUUUUAGGAAGUUUUAUAAUAUAAACAAGAUCAUUUAAAAGGUUGUGUAUCUACAUGGAAAUAGCUUUGAGAAGGUGAAAUCAGAGACAUCUAGGCUCCUGUUUAGGGUUUGCCAGAUCUGGUUUGACAAAAAGCAGAUCAAAAGCAUUCCAGUGGACAAACACUGGUCUUAUUACUUGAGCUUGUGACUAUGACUAACACUAUGCUCACACUAGCAAGCAACAAGUUGCUCAUGCUGCUUGUAGUUUGUCUCUCGUGGGAGUGUAGUGACCACUACCAUUGUUUCUUGUGGGUGUUCACAGUCCACAUUUUAUUUUUAGCUCCGGCGGAAAAUGGUAGUAGAUAUAUUUAACUAGUUAAACACAAAUUAAAUAAUGCCCUUAACCGGGGUGAAAGUUUUUUUUUUUUUUUAAUUUACAUGUAAUGUGCUAGGUUUUGUACAAUUUUAUAAGCAGAUUAGCAAAGUGACCUAAACUUACUGGCUACGACUACCAACAAUUUCUGCCACUUCAGUCCCUGCUUUAUUUUUCCUCAUAAUGUCUCUAUUUGACAGGAUAAGAUGAAAUUUAUUUUUUUUUUGCACAUCAAACAGUAAAUGGGAACUAUUUGCAGGUAGGAAGUAAAGUUGUGUGUGGGGAACUGAAGAAAUGUUAAACCACACUCAUCAUAGGAUCAGUCUCAGGAAUCAUUCAAUCCAAUGGCUUGGCUUGCCACUGUCAGUGAAACAUGCAUGUUCAGGGAAAAAGAUUAGUCGCUUUGUCACUUGCUAGUGUGAAUGUGGGGUAAAAGGUUAAACUCUUUUAAUACAAUUCUGUUUCAGUGCUUUUGGAAUUGUAAAUGCUGAUGAAACUUAAAUGUAUUACAGGUCUAAAAGGUCAAUAAAGUAUACUCACAGUGUAAUAAAGUAAAUAUCAUAUUUCUGUAGAAGGACUAUAACCACAUGUGGCUACCAACCUAUUU